CGCGCAAUCGGCUGUUGUGGCUUGCUCAAGUUUGUGAACCUGUGUUUCUCUAUUUAUUGUGUUAUGGGAAAAACUAUAAUGAAUCAUUGAUUGCCUGAGAGUUUGAUAGAAAAUGGAUAAAAAAAUACCCAAAAUCAAACGAGAAAAGGUGCCAGAAAGAGACAACGAUGUAUCCAAUUCGAGCUCUCUUAGCGUUUCUGGGCCGACAAUUCCUCAACGGCCUUACAAAUUAGCCCAUCAAAUAUUGAGCUUAACAGGAAUCAAUCUUCAAACAAAGAGUGUUAUUGGCUUUGUUGAAUUGACACUACUCCCACAGAAAGAAUUCCGUCAAGUAUUUCUAAAUGUAAAACAAUGUAGAAUAUAUAAAAUCACCCUGAAUGACAAUCUAGAGUUGCAGUUUCAGUAUUUUGAUCCAACCCAAGAAAUCUGUUCAGAUACCUCAACAAAAAGUCUUGAAGUUUUUACACCUGCACAUCAGGAAGCUGUUUCUUCUACCGAUCCUGAUGCAAACUUGGGUGAACUUGUUAUCAGAAUACCUUCAGAAGCACAGCAUUUGAUGACAGAAGGCCGUUCUCUAAGAAUUGGUAUAGAAUUUUCUUUGGAGCAACCUGCAGGUGGACUUCAUUUUGUUGUGCCUCCUGGGGAGGGAACAUUGGCAGAGCGAUGUGCUCACAUGUUUUCCUACGGAUGGGAAAAUUCGGCACGCCUAUGGUUUCCUUGCAUCGACUCAUUCUCAGAGGUCUGCACUUGGAAACUUGAAUUCACCGUUGAUGCCUCCAUGACGGCUGUCUCGUGUGGUGACUUAACAGAGGUAGUUUACACGCAAGACCUUCGACGCAAAACGUUUCACUAUGUACUUUCCAUGCCAACAGCGGCACCUAACAUUGGAUUAGCUGUCGGGCCGUUUGAAAUUUUGGUGGAUCCCUACAUGCAAGAGUUGACUCAUUUUUGCCUUCCUCCACUGAUGCCUUUACUACGUGCGACAGCCCGUUACGUCCAUGAAACUUUUGAGUUCUACGAAGAGCUUCUCGGUACCCGAUACCCUUAUUCAUUCUGUAAGACAGUAUAUGUCGACGUGGCCUCCAAAGAUUGCAGUUCGUUUUCCACCCUAUCGAUCAUGAACAUGGAACUUUUGCAGUCAACUCCCUACCUGGAACAGACGUACGCCUCACGAAAUGUGAUCUCAAUUGCUGUUGCAGAACAGUUCUAUACUUGUUUCCUAUCCCGCCAGGGUUGGAAUGAUGCUUGGCUAACACAAGGUAUCUCGUCUUACUUAUCCGGCCUUCAUAUGAAGAAACUCUUUGGUAACAAUGAAUACCGACACUGGAUUCAUCAGGAACUGGAUGAAGUCAUUCGUUAUGAGGAAGAAGUUGGCGGAAUCAUUCUUGACGCCAGCAAGCCUCCUGGAAGUGCUGUUCCCACUUCAGGCGGUGGUCAACAACCUAUCCGCAGUCCAGAUUCGUUUCACUUUUGGCCACAUUCCGCUCACACGGUGACACCCCGCCACGCAAAAAUAAUGCGCAAGAAGGCUCACUUGGUUUUACGGAUGCUGGAAUUGCGAAUCGGUCAACCGCUUCUAAUCCAGGUGUUCAACAAACAACUGUCACUUGCAGUACAGGCAUCACAACAAAAAUGCCAAGCCAACCAAUGGGGAGCCAUGUUGAUAUCGACUGCCACAUUUGCAAAAGCUAUUUUUACUGUAACCGGAAAAGACAUUGGCGUCUUUGUUGAUACUUGGGUCCGCCAAGGAGGUCACGCUCGGUUUCAGCUGAGCUUUGUCUUCAACCGUAAAAGGAACACGGUGGAAUUAGAGAUUCGACAAGACGCAGCUAGCGGAGCGCAACCAGCUCGCGGUUUGCGACGGUACGUCGGUCCCCUUGUCGUGGCGUUACAAGAACUUGACGGUACGUUCCGUCACACGUUACAAAUCGAAUCAUCUGUGGCCAAAAAUGACCUCACGUGCCACUCGAAAUCUCGUCGCAACAAGAAGAAAAAGAUUCCAUUAUGCACUGGAGAAGAAGUCGAUAUGGAUCUUUCUGCCAUGGAUGCCGAUUCUCCUGUUUUGUGGAUACGUCUCGAUCCCGACAUGUCCCUGCUCAGAGCCGUUGAGAUCUCACAACCCGACUAUCAGUGGCAGUACCAGCUCCGACAUGAAAGAGAUGUGACAGCACAGAUGGAAGCUGUGACAGCACUGGAACGUUUUGCUACCCCAGCCACUCGUUUGGCACUGACAGACAUAAUCGAAAAUGAAAAUUGUUUUUACAAAGUUCGCUGUGAUGCUGCAUUCUGUCUGGCCAAAGUAGCAAAUGGAAUGGUGUCGAGUUGGGCAGGCCCGCCUGCUAUGUUGAUGAUUUUUAGGAAACUCUUCGGUUCGUUUUCAUGCCAACACAUUGUCCGCCAGAACAACUUUGCCAACUUUCAGCACUACUUUUUACAAAAAACUAUCCCUGUGGCGAUGGCACAACUCAGAAAUGCAUUGGGUGUCUGCCCACAGGAAGUCUUGCGUUUCCUUUUAGAUUUGUUCAAGUACAACGACAACACGAAAAAUCGCCUGUCGGACUGCUGGUACCGAGCUGCUCUAAUUGAAGCUUUGGGAAACACGGCCUCGCCUGUUGUUGCCUUUGUCGCACAGUCAGCGGCUUCGCUGACGCCAGAAUCUGUGACGAAAGAAACACACCAAGUUUUGGAAGAAGUCGCCCGCGCGUUGAACUUGGAAAAACUUUUGCCCACCUACAAGUUUGCAGUGACUGUCGGGUGUUUGCGCACCAUCCGUAAACUUCAAAAGUGCGGACAACUACCUAGCAAGUCGGACUUGUUUAAAAGCUAUGCACAAUACGGACAAUUUCAUGAUGUCCGCGUCUCAGCCCUGGAAGCUUUGGUAGAAGUUGUCCAAGCCGAUUCUCGCAUGUCGGAUUGGGAAUUUCUUCUCGAUAUUAUCGAAAACGAUCCAGAGCCUAGAGUGAGACACGAGUUGUUAACAAUGCUGGCCAGCAAUCCACCAUUCGAACGUGGUAGAGGUAGUCGUUUGGACACGAUACCCGUCAUGGAGCGAUUAUGGAAACUUAUGAACACUGAAUUAUCACACGAUGCUAUGCUUCGUAAUGAUAUCGUUGACCUUUAUAAUUGCCUGUACGGCCGUCGAAAGCCACCGUGCCUGUCAGGUGCCAUGUACCAAAGAGUGGCCGAGGCUCCACCAACGGCCUUGGAGAGUGCCGAAAUACCUGGAUUGACCCAUCGCGAUAGCUUAUCUCAUAUGGAUAUGGAAGUUAGUGUUCCAGGUUCGGGAUUUGGUGAAGACGGAAUGUCUGUCGCGUCUGUGGAAGUUGUGGCGGGCAUAACUAAGGAAGUCUUGGUUCAACAAACAGUUACCGACACAGAGUCCACUACGCUGGAUAUUGGCGGCUUUUCAGACACAUCUCAAUCUCUGCCUGGAUUGGGUGUUGAUAGCCUUAAAAAGUUGAAGCGAAAGAAGGAGAAGAAAAAGCACAAGCAUAAACACAAACAUAAGCACCAUCGCGAGAAAAAAGAAAAAGAAAAAGCCGACAAGGACCGACAGAAGGAAGAUGUGACGGCGUUGAGCUCCGAUAGUUCAGCUCCUCCUUCGCCCGACAUGGGGCUUACUUUUUAAAUCGUGCCCUUUGUUUACGUUUUUUUUUUUAUUCAAAUAUAUUUUUUUUAUCGUGAUGUGUUGAAUAAAAAUAAAUUUUGAUGAGGAAAUACCAAAAA